GUGAGGAGAACGGAGGUCCACCAGCCACCAGUUGAAGCCUAACCUGUGGAGUGAGAGCGCGCGACACUCUCCUGUCUUCAACCUUCCACGCCUUUCUUGUUACUAACUAAAAGACACUCCCGCAAGCAUCGUGUUCUCAUGGGGUGCAUGUGAUCACAGCAGGGGCAGUCUCCUCACCUGUGUGUGGUCGAGGAUCCCUCCGGAAGUUAAGAGAAUUCUGUGAAAAUGAGGGUGAAUUUGGUGAUUUGGACGGGAGUGUUGUGUGGGGUGGGCGGCUGGGCCCUGGACCUGGACUCAGGUUUGGGCACGGCAGUCCGUAAGUGUGAGAGGAUCACUAUACCCAUGUGUAAGGAGAUGCCCUACAACACCACCAGGAUGCCCAAUCUGCUGGCGCACUUCAAGCAAGCCGACGCCGCAAUAGAGGUACACGAAUAUAUGCCGUUAGUGGACAUCGGGUGUAGCAAACACUUGCGGUUCUUCCUCUGUUCGCUGUACGCCCCAAUCUGCUCCGCGUUGGACACCCCUAUCCCCCCCUGCAGGACCAUAUGUCUUGAGGUGCGACAGAAAUGCCUACCAGUGUUACAGAAGUUCAAUUUCUCAUGGCCAGAUGCCCUGGACUGCUCUGGAUUACCUCUUCGUGAGGUCUCUGCACUCUGUGUGGAACCACCUAACAUUACAACACCUUCAUUCACCCAGGAGCCUGGUGCACCUUUCCGUCCUCUGUACCCCUUUGACACACCACCGCCCCUCACUCCACAGGAGACCCCAAAGGUGGCAUGUCCCCCCCGUCAAACAUGGGUGGCUGGCAGGGGGGGUGGCGUGUGCUCACCCAUAUGUGACCAAGAUGUUCUCUUCCGCCGCGCUGAUAAACACUUUGCAGAGGUGUGGAUGCUGGUAUGGGCAGGGCUAUGCUUUGUGUCAACGCUGUUCACUGUUCUGACCUUCUGGCUUGAACCUGCCAGGUUCCGUUACCCUGAGAGGCCCAUUAUAUGCUUGUCACUGUGUUAUCUCCUUUAUUGCCUUGCUUACUUGUCCAGGCUGGUAGUACCACUGGAGGUGCUGUCUUGUGAGGUGUCACAGAGUGGGGUAUCACACCUGGCUGUGGAGGGUCUACAGUCAUCAGGAUGCAUCAUCACCUUUAUUUUGCAGUAUUACUUUGGGAUGGCCUCAGGGAUCUGGUGGAUGGUGUUAACUUUAACCUGGUUCCUAUCUGCUGGUAAGAAGUGGUCACCAGAGGCUCUACAGGCUUAUGCUUCAUAUUUCCAUGCUGCUGCAUGGGGUCUGCCUGCUAUAUCCACAAUACUCAUCCUCACUCUCAAGCAGGUUGAUGGGGAUGAGCUUGUUGGUCUGUGUUACGUUGGCAAUGUACACCAGUGGGCUCAUAUGAGUUUUGUGGUGGCUCCAUUGUCUUCGGUCUUAGCCAUAGGCACUCUCUUCAUUGCCUUUGGAUUUGUGGCUUUGUUUCGGAUCCGUCGGGCAAUCAAGAAAGAGGUGGAUAAUUCACAGAUUAGUGGAGGGACAAAUUUACCCAUGGCUACUACAUCUUACCAUGGAACUAAAUCAAUAAACAGGAAGUUGAUGGUGCGCAUUGGUGUGUUUUCUGUCCUAUACACUGUUCCUGCUGUGUGUGUCAUCGCCUGCAAUGUUUACUUAGUACUAACCGCCAACAAUGGAGAGUAUAGAAGCGAGAUAGCACAUAGACAGUAUCACCGAGAGUGUACGCUGGAGCAGAGCAUCCCAUCUGUGGAGAUCUUCAUGCUUAAAGUCUUCAUGUCGCUGGUUGUGGGCAUCACAACAGGAAUGUGGAUCUGGUCUUCCAAGACGGUACUGCUGUGGCAGAAGUUCUUCAAAGGUGUGUGUGGUCAUCACCAAGCCUUGAGAAAGAAGGAUGGUCACAUUUACCAUCCUCCAAACCAGAUAGUGAACAUUAUUAAGAAAACAGAUGGUCAGCACCAGAAUCUUCAAGGAAGUAGAAUGCAGCAACCAUUAUCCCAACAAUCUGCCGAUUUGCCACAGUUCCCUGUCAGGUUGCAGGGUCCAACAACCAUACACUUGUCUCAAGUUUAAAGUUAGUAUCUUUAAUGUAUGUACAGUUGUUAUAACUAUUUUUUUUUCUCAACCAAUUUUCGUUUAUUUAGGUUUUUUUUAUAAAUACAAGUAUGUAUAUAAUAUAAUGGAGUACAAUAGCUUUAGCUUUAAUGAUCAUAAGUUUAGUUAGUGUAGUGCUCCAGUAAAAUCUUUACAUAUUGCUGAAAUGUGACUUCCUCAGCAUUUGAAUGUAAAAAAUUGGUUCUCCAUUCCAUGAUGGUAUAUUGUUCACUUUUGCUUUGUGACUUACACACAACAUUGUACUUUGAAACUAAACUAAAUUAUUGCUAGAUACCUGCCCCCAUUGCAGUCAAAUUAUUCACUGCUUGUUUUUACCCUGGCUACAAUGGUAUAUUAAAGACAAAAUAGCACUGCCAAAAAGGCAUAUGUAUCUCUAUGGUCGUCUAAACUAUGCCACCUUCAUCCCACAUUUGAGCAAAUUAAAUGCUUCUUAAUUUCAUACUACGGUAAUUGACGCAUAUACAAAUGCAGGAGCGGAUCCUGGAAUAUCAAAAUGGGGGGGUCCAAGAAGUUGUGGUGAGCACAUUGAGCCCAUCCAGCUUAUUUUUUUUGGGGGUUAUUUCUACCCUUUAUGCUCUGUAAUACAGUCCUUGUAUAGCAUCAGGCUUACUUAAAUAGUAAUGGAACAUUGUUAUGACAAUACCUGUAUAAAGAAUAUAUUGUCAUGGAUGCCCAGAAAUGAGUGCAAAACAUCACCCAUGUGGUAAGAGGCCAAAGUUGUGUCAAAGUUCUCACAAAUGAUGUGAUGCAGCAAUGUUAUGUGUUUUGAAUAUUUAGUCUGUCAUAGCUCCAGAACAGAGUUUAUGGCAUAGAAACUCAUUGAAGGCUCUCUUUGCUCUUUGUCCAAUUUACAGUUAUAUUCAGCAAAUAGUACAGGUUCAAUCUUAGAUUAUUAACCACAGGUCUUAGUGUGAAUCCCUAAUGUUUAUAAUUUAUUGUUUCACCGCUUGUCAGCUUACAGUACUAGCUGUUUGGGUGGUUGGUCUGUUCUUUGUUAUCAAUUUUACUGUCCAGGGUUAGUACAGGAGGUAACUGAAGGACGUGGAGGAAACCUGUGACGUUUGGUAGUCACACUGGAUAACACCCAUCUCAUAAAAUUUAUGUGUUCAAGCAAUUACUCAAGCCCAUGGUGAAGACCAUUAUGCUUACUAUUCAGGUUUGUUUCCCUUAUCCUUGUUAAUUAAUGCCAGCCAUAUAUGGGUAAAAUGAAUUUAUCUUGUCACAAACUCGGCCAUGAAUGGGAAUUUCCAGAAACCGUAUCUUUUUAUACCCUGUUACCUUCGACUCCUUCCAUCUGUCUGGGAGUCUAUUUGUUUUUCAGAGUGUAUGUAAACUAUUCCAUGUGCAGAUUGUAAUUGAAGUACAGUAAUUACAGUGUACAGGAAUUUUGAUGAAACUCCAUGUGAAGUACUGUAUUGUAUAUGAUCACUAGAAAAGGCAUAACACCAACUAUGUAUGUGUCAGGAGGAAAAAGUCACAGCUGAAGGUCAAAGGGCAGCUUUGGACUGUCAGUAUUUGGUCAAUAAGUGGUGGACUAUAUGGGGUGCAUUAUGUACCAAUGUUGAUUUUGUUAUCGUGCUGAUAUCAAUAUAACGAGAUUAAGUAAAGAAGAAUUUGCACCCUCUCCAAUAAAGUACAGUAUUUUACAACAUAUGUUCAUAUAAUUUGACAUAGGUUAACUGGGUAUGUUACUGCACGUGUGUUUAUAACAAACUUUUAAAUUAUUUACAUUGCAUCAUUGGCAUUUUAAGUGGACAUACUGUUAAUGGUAAAACUGAUGGUUGUACAUAUAAUUAGCCAGACAUCUGUUACAUAGGCAAACGGUUAAUGUAACAAUAAGUUGAUUAAUAAUAAUCGGCAUAAAAUCAAGAGUGCCUACUUGUUAAGACCUUGUUAGCCUAACAUGCUGUCUUAUUUGACACCUGUUAGCUAAACAUGUUUAGCUUGGCAAUUGUUGAGAAAGCUUUGUCUAUGGGUUAACUUGACAAACCAAAUAUUUAAUGAAUUGGAUACUUUUUAACUAUUAAAUGACUUGCAUAUGUUAACCAGAUAAAGAAUUAGACACCUCUCAAGUACAGUAGAUGUAACUAAUUUGUCAGCUGUUAACAAAGCAUCUAGUUUACAAGAUACGAUAUUCAAGUCACAAACAUCACAUCAUUGCCUCAGUCACAUGGAGGUUUGGACAAUCCUUCACUAGGUGAGUUCUCUAGUACAAAUGGCAUUGUUGAAUAAUGACUGUUGAAUCAAAUUUCACCCAACCCCCUACUAUGUGGAACUAUACCCAACCAUCACCACUAGCAUUGCAUAAUAAGGGCACUGCUACAUGAUUUCAUCUCUUCAUUCCAAGACAACUACACAGAAACUCCUCCACCGUUGGCUGAUCAAUGACCAGACCACCUCCCCAUAUGUUGUCCCAUCAUAUUUUCCAGUUCUGUUGAGCUACAUGCACCUAACUCCUUAUGCUUAUAUUUUCUUGACAAACCAUCAGUAUUUGCAGGAGACCACUGUACUAUAACAUCUCAUUAUGAUUUUCUUCAUAUUUUAAAGUUGAUAAAGUAUAUGUUCAAGCGCCUCAAAUAGCCUAUGAACCUAGAGUUUGUAAGGUAUUGGGUACAAUCUUUGUUAUUAUCUUCAUCUAUUCUUUUGUAUACAGUGUACAUGUAUAGUGUCUGCAUAAUACUGGUAUAUGUGUAAAUAUGUUAAUAAGAGAUGUAUGUACAGCUCACAUAUAUAGAAUAAUUACCAUAUAAAAAGGCAUACACCUAUUUGUGUUUGUAUAGAUUUAUUUAGUAUGUAAACAGAUCUCUUAUACUGCAAAGCAUUCUAAUUAUGAAAUUUUUAUUCAUAUAUUUUGGAAAAUCUUAGAUGGAGCUUGGACAGUGUGAGGUAAUAUUUGACAGACCUUUUCUUGUAGUUAUAAACUUCCUAACUGGACAAAGCAGCUUAGUUGUAAAUACCGUUUUUAACAUUUGAACAUUAAACUGUUGACUUAAGAUUCACCUAAAGUAAAGGUUGAGGCAAGUUUCAGGUUUAACACUAAAAAUGGAAGUUUUAACUAUGCAACCUUCUUUUAUCGUAUGAUAUUUGUAUUGUACAAUUAAGAAGUUCACAUAUGAAAAGAUGUCUAAUAUAUCCAGGCCUCUUGCACAUACAAGCUCAAACUUGUUUAUACCUCAAAAUUUUUAAUGUGGUCCAUGAUAUAAGCAAUUGUAUUUUAUUGUAUGUAUAAUGCUCUGUAAUAACCAUUUAGGUUUGAGAAUGUUACAGAAGAAAAGUUUAAUUAAAGGAGAGGAAACUUGUGCCAUUGACAAUCAAAUGCUCUAAGUAAAACUCAAGGUUGAGCAGUACAGUGACUCAACAUAAACCCUUGAUAUUCAGACCAAUUAUUGUAACUCAAUUAGGAAGAUUCAAUUUUAUGUUAGAUCAAGGGGGUGUUUCUCAGGUUACGAAGUUUAAAGGAAUUAAUAUACAUGUUUAUCAUAUUUACAGCCAUUUUACAAAUAUACAGUACUGUACCUUACUGCAUCUAAGUUCCAUUAACCAUGAAACAAAUGGAAUGACAAGACUGUAUACUAAAAACAUAUGUAAUUUUGUUUACAUCUUCCAAGGUUGGGGUGUAUUGAGUGUAGUGGCAGCUAUUCAAUGGCUGAAUUUCAUGACGCUUUUCUUUAGGCUGAAUUCUGACUAUCUUUUAUGCUAAAUGAAUGUAUCGAAUAAGUUUCGGUAUAAUUUUAAUGCUAUAUUUUGGUUUAGUCCGACUCAACUCGGGUGCAUUCUUAAACUUUCAUUUUUAUAAGCUCAAAUGUUUUAAGAAUUGAACAGACAGAGUCCAGAUUAUCCAAAUUAGGAAAGUCUGAAUUAACAGGGUUAAGCGUAAACCACAGAUUAAAAAUAAAAUAAAAAUUAUAUUAGUGUAAUAAUCCCCACAUUUUGGAAGGAAUACUUUAAAAAAAAAAAGUUCCACAAUGUGAACCCAGUUUUCUGUUAACAUCCAUUAUGAAAUUGGAGAUGCAUUCCUAAGUAGAAAUCUUGUCCCCCAAAAUAAUGAAAACUCCCUUACAAAUGAAAAUAUUGUAAACCUUUUGGUGCAUGUAUUUAACCUUUAAAAUAUCACUAGUAUGACUGUAAAACAUCCUUCAUAUGGCUCUGAUGCCCUUCAGUUUUAUUAAAUUGUGAGCCAAUUCUAGCAUUCAUGUCUCGAUAGACUUAACUCUAUCCACACGUCAAUAGGGUUCUCGGUUGCCUUUGUCAUCAUGGAAGAUGCACAUUUUAUUUAGUUUACGGCAAGCUAGCCAUGCCGCUCCACUCCUAACACCUCGGCCCAACAUGCUCAAUCACUUCACUGGGGCAAAACAAAUGUAAAUAAGUUAUUAAUACAGUAUUUUCAUUUUUUACUCUGCACGAAUAGGCCUUUACGUUUUUAAGAAUUUUGUUAGUUUGUUUAUUACACACAGUGGUAAGCCAGUUUUUUUUUAAUAAUGGCAGAGUGAAGAUUAUUAGAAUACAUAAAGACCCUCAAAUCUGGAUCUCCAAAAACCAGACCUUUUCUCUCUCUGGGUUUGGUUAAAUUUUGGUCAUCCUUCUGUUACCUUAGGCCAACUAAGUAGACUGAAGUUUUGCUUCAACAAACUCCCACAAACUCAUUUGAAGAGUUGGGUUGACUCAAAUAAGGAAAUAAAGUAUUGAAUGCAUACUUUAAAUGAAAAAAACAUGAAUACCAUUUUAUUAUAACCUUGAUUUGUUUAUGACCAAGUAGCUUCUUUUAUGUUACAAGGCUGCAAGAAGUAGAGUUAAUAAACAUUUAUCUUAUUGAAUAAAUAGUCGAAUACCUUGAUUAUUUUUUAAAGUCAAUACGCAAAGUACCUUAAGAAUGCAUCUUCAAUUAUAUAAUGGGAAAAUUGUGUUUGUGUUAUAGAUUUCCAUCAAGUGGAAAACUACUAAUUACUUUUUACCCCUUCUUGGUAUAACAUCACUAUUGUUUAUCUGAAGCCAGCUUCAACCCUUUCCCUAGCUGAUGGCACUAUUUGCAUCACUAUGUAGACCAUUGGAAGUGAGAGGUAUCUCAUGAACCUGAUUGCUGAAACUGACACCUAAGAUAUCUUUCCACAUCCAUUUUCAACCAUCCCAAAUCAUUUAUACAGCUAUUUUGUUCUUUUAUCACUUACUCAGUUUAUAACAAAAUAAAAAAAGAAGUCACAAAAUUUUACCCAUAAAUUAAAAAAAUAGAAAAGCCUAUACAAUUUGGAGGAUGCAAUUUGCAUCAGCCUGUCUACAGGCAAGAUUUGGACAGCAUGAGCUGCCGGCAAAAGGUUUAACAUCCAACUGCCACAUUAUUGUGAACGACAAGCUCUGUAAAGAACUGUUAACCAGACCAAUGUUUGUUCUUCGGGUGUAAUGAUACUGUAAUUUUAAAAGUUGUCAGUUUGACAAAAUGUCAAUCUGAAUCAUUGUAUCAUAUAGAUAACAACACUCGUGAUUGUCUGAUGAAGGGUAUAAAUUUCUAGGUGUAUACAACCUAAAAUCUUGUUAAAUCAGUAGCAACAAACUACUUAGUGAUGCUUAUUCUGUAUUCAUGUGCAGCUAACCCAUACAAUCAUGGAAAAUGAUGUUGAUCAGGACGUUUCAAAGAUUUAUGUACAGUAUCCCCAGAAAGUAUCUGUCCACUCUAUGUUGGGACAUGCAUUUACUUUGGUAUACUGUAUAGCAUAACAUGACUAAUGGAAUGUGUAUUUAUAUCGGCAUAAUUAAUAUGAAGUUUGGUUACCAAAUGUAAUAGUAUCAGUAUGCCAGAGCCAUGCAUACUAACCUGCCCAGGAUAUCACGAGUUGCCUGUAGCAUUUCGGAAGUCAUCGGACCCAUCCUGGCAGAUACUUUUUUUUCUGGAUACUGUACAGCUACCAGUUGUUUAACAUGACCGUUCAAUUUGCAUUCCUUGUUGUAACAGAAUUGUUGUAAUUAUGUAAAUAUUUUUGUAAAUAUUUAAUGUGACCAAUAUAUACUGUAUUCGUGAAAUAAAUUUUAAUAUAUCCAUACCCUUGA